AUGGCGUUCGAAAGCUUUCUGCCAGCGUCCAGCAAAAGGCCAAGGUCACAGCACCGCUGGCCAAGCCAGUCCGCACAGCUUUUAUAUGUCAUACGUGAAAACUUCAGUCUCUCAACCUGGCUGCUGAUAGGCGCCCUCAUACAAUCCGCCAUUGUCAUGGUCAUUCCUCGCUUGUAUGCCUUCCUGCCAGCCUUCUUAGUCUUGGCAGCCCGCCUCGUCGACAGUUUGGCCAUCACCUAUGGGUUCAAAAGAAACCAUUACCUCGACGAAGCAAUCAUCCACCGGGUUGCACCUCAGAUUCCCGACGAGAAUGGUAUUUUCUCCGAGAAUCCUUCCAACGAGAAGGUGGUCGUCUUUAUGCUGGGCGCCAAAUCGAAUCACCCUCUCGGGGUGUUCGCACCACGCUUCAAAGAGACAGGCGACUUCUUGAGCAACAUGACGAGAGCCCUGGACAAGAAUGCGGUCGAGAACGGUUUCUUUGGCGGCUCCGCCUGGACCAACCAGGACAAGAACGGCGCCAGAGAGUUCUUAUUCAUAAGCUAUUGGCGCAGCACCGAGGACGUCCACAAAUUUGCAUACCUACCUGUCCACCGCGAGGCCUGGGAUUGGUGGAACGCCACGGUCGCGCAAAACGAUCACAUCGGCAUCAACCACGAGAUCUUCGAGGUCGACCGCCACCAUUGGGAGGGCGUCUACCUCAACUUCCAGCCGACGUUGCUCGGCGCCACCACCUACCUGAAAAAGGGCGACAAGAUGAUUGGCGGCACAGUUGAAGACCAAUGGAUCUCUCCGCUCAUCGACGCAAGGAAGGGGAAGCUGAGGUCCAGUGCUGGUCGAUUGGGGCAUGAUCCCCAGAAGAAUGCGGAAAAAUACAAAUUCGAUGGGUAUGGUGGAGUGCAGUAA